UCUCUAAUGUGCAGCUGUUUAAUAGCAAAUAAUUUUGUUUUGAUUUUGAUCUCAUUAGCAGCAACUUGGUAUGGAACAAAGCGAAAAAAGACUUAAAACGGAAAUCAUCGACGAAGACUUCAUUGUACCUGACCACGAUCGCGGCUAUAAUGUAGACAACAUGAAAACGGAAGCGAUUGCGGGCGAGGACGAAACUGAUGAUCCUUUCUCCGACAAUGAUUGCGAUAUUGGGCCGGUUAAGAAUCAAUUCUUGGUGAACGAGGGAAUUAACGAAUUGACGCAGCCAGAAAACAAGUUGACAAAAGAUGAUUUUAUAUAUUUCAUAGACUCCGUAAUUGACGAACUACUCAAUAUGAGAAUUGAGCUACGAAAUGUUAAUAAAAAGCUGCAGAAUGUUUUGCUUAAACAAGAUCACAUAUUGCAAGAGCACAGCGAUCUGAAGAAGGCAAUGUCAGAUAUGUGUGCUCUAUUAAAAAUGAAUCUUGGCUUAACAACCGACAAAUUUGCAGACCUUUUUCCACUUCAAGAUGAAGAAAAUCUGCAAUACCUAGAAGGACAGCUGCAAACUGAACAGAGGCCAAAUAUUAUAAGGCAAAUGCGAAAACUUCUUUGCGCCAAUAUUACAGAGAAUUUUUCAAAGAUAUUUAGUGAGAAAUUGAUUCUCUCACACAAUUAUGAUGGCAUUCAAAACAAGAAGCCAAUUAAAGUUUAUGAGCAUUUCAUAGCUGGUCUUUUUGAAGCAUCUGACUUGGAGUCACGUGAAGAAUUUGUUGUUAAUAUCAGAUCUGCAUAUAAAAUCAACAAAAACAGGAUUCAUAAAAGUCGAUCUCGCAAAAUCAGAAAGAGGACUAGCUAAAAAUGUAUAAAUUACUUACAUAUAAUAUAGUUUAUAAAAUCAUAUAUAUAAUAUAAUAUAUACUCAUAUUUUAGUUGUAACUAAA